AGUUGUUGCUAAGUCGUUGCUGUGAAUAAAUAUAUACGUAGAAUUUUAUUGCGUUUCACUGUUGCCAUCUGAGCUUCUUAUUUAAUUAAGCAUACCGAGAAAUAUGUUCAAGUCGUGCGUGCUUACCUUGUCGCUGCUGCUGACAAUGCAGCUUGGAAUCUGCCUGGAGUUUCAUGAUUGCGGCUCAAAGACGGGAAAAUUCACGCAGGUCACUCUAGAGGGCUGUGACACCACAAAGCCCGAGUGUGUACUCAAAAGGGGCACCAACUCAUCCAUAACAAUAGAUUUCGCCUUGGCUGAGGUGGCUUCAGCAGUGAAGACAGUAGUGCAUGGAAAGGUACUAGGUAUCGAAAUGCCCUUUCCAUUGGCCAAUCCCGAUGCGUGUGUCGACAGCGGCUUAAAAUGUCCACUGGAGAAAGAUGAAACCUACAGAUAUACGGCCCGAUUGCCCGUUCUUAAGAGCUACCCCAAGGUCUCCGUGAUGGUCAAGUGGGAGCUGCAGGAUCAGAACAAUGUGGAUAUCGUGUGCGUUGAGAUACCCGCCAAGAUACAGUAAAAAACUAAAUAAUUUCUCAAUAUCUCUGACAUGAUAUUAAAUUUGCAUGUCUGUGUAUGCUUAUUGUAAUCUAAUUUAACGAAAAUAAAGAAAACUAAAAUUAAUCAA